GAACCUUAAAUAUUUUUAACUAAAAAGUAAGUGACGUUUUCGAGGACGUAUUAUUAUUUUUGACGUUACGUGUAAAUAGUUGCUAGGUUUGUUGCGUUUAUUGUUUCCACAACUUAUUUAUUUAAAACCGAAGGCGUAGGCCCACAGAAGCAAAUGAAAAGAAAUAGGCACAGAGAAUUUCAAUAUUCACAGCUACAAUUCUCAAAAGACAGCGACGAUGAUGACGAGGGCGAAGAAACUGAAUUAUUUGUGCGUAAAACCACUGUGUACAAGGAAAUUCCGACAGAGGAUAAAAUAGUUGAAGAUGGUGACACUUUACAAUCACUUUCCAUUCGUUACCAUUGCCCUAUUUCAGAGUUGAAACGCCUGAAUAAUAUCCACAAAGAAAACGAAAUCUACGCGCGAAAUACCAUCAAAGUGCCAGCGCGUCCAUUCACAAGAAUCCUUGCUGGUGUCCACACAAGUGGGAAAAGCUCACCUGACGCAUCCACCACCGACAAUAAGGCAGCUGUAACAAAUGUGAUUGACUCCACACUCUUAGAAGAUAAGCUAAUCAAUCUCAACGCUUCUGCGGCGCCCGCCAACGAUGAUUUUAACGCCGUUAUAUUUAAUAGUAAUAUAAAUAAAACUUGUGAUAUUCAGGAUCAGGGUGUCGAUGUGUCGGAUGAUGUCGUCGAGGAAGAAGAAGUGCAAUUAUUACCGAAUCAACCAAUUCAUGAUGAGGUAUUACCGUCACCGGCUGUCACACGGCUGCGCUGCAGUGGUGCCGACGCGGAUAUCUCGUGGAUUGCGUUGAUCAUUUGUGUUGUUAUUUUAAUAUUUGCGGUGCCUUUGGUUUACGUAUUUUAUAUCGCCGAGCAUCCCGAUGAGUAUCAUCACAAACCGCAUGCGAACUUGACGUGAUAAGGCUGUAUCUGAAAGAGAAUAUUUUAUAGAGAUGUAUUUGUAUAUUGCGCACAAUUCGUGUCAAUAAAAAGUAAUUUUAUUAUGCUUA